AAGGCCAUCUAUCUUUCCCUGAAAAAAGAAAAGAAAAAGGAAACUAAGAUCAAGCUGUCCUGAUAUUUGAACAGCCGCCCGGUCAACUUUUGAGUAAAAUAACACCCAUAGUCAAACCCCCGAGCUCUGACUUUUCAAAUGUCAACCCACACAUCCAACCCUCUCCCUAUAUAUACAUCCCCAAACCAGGAAUCCCCAAAUCUUGUAGAAGUACCAUUCAGUCGGAGCAUCCCUCCUCUCCCGCAAUUUCCCACCUUAAAGCUUGUUCUAGACGCUUCUAGAAUCUAGGCCGCGGCAUGGGCAACGGCCUCUCCCCUUGCUCGUGCGCCCCGGCCGUGCACGGCGAGGGAGCCGAGGCGAGGCUGGUGUUCUGGGGCGGGCAGACGAGGCUCGCCGCAGCUUCUGGAGGGCGGUUCACCACGGCCAGCGACGUCACGGUGGAGGCUCCCGACCAUCUCGUCUGCUCCGGCGACUCCUUCUUCAUCGGCCUCCCGAUCCCAGCGCUAUCGCCGGGCGAGGAGCUGCAGGCGGGGCGGACUUACUUCGUGCUCCCCGCGGCCCGGUUCUCCAGCUGCCAGGCGCUCACCGCAGCCUCGCUCGCGUCGCUGUCGCCGGCCCCGACCAAGGUGUCAGUCGCCGGCGAGUCGUCUCCGUUCGAAUACGUCACCGGCGCCGACGGCAUGGCGCUCAUCAGGGUCCUCCCGGAGUUCAUCGAAAAGGUGAUCACGUCGGACGGUGGCGGCGAGAAGAAGUGCGGCGCGGCGGCGCCGGAACAGCUAUGCAGCACGCCGGAGCUGAGGAAACACUACAUGCAGCUGGUGGGGGCGAGGCAGCAGCGGCCGUGGUCGCCGGGGCUCGAGACGAUCUCAGAGGCCAGGAAGAGAAGGAUGCCGACAUGCCGUCGUCGGUGAGGCUUCUCGGGCUGGCAAAAGAAUCCAAGAUACAUGGGCAGCCGCGCGUGCAUUAUUCCCAAAAGUGGGUGGUCUACUUUUUGACUGGACUCUCCAUUGAGAGAGAGAUGGGGUUUAGUGUUUCAGUCUCGCUUAAUUGUUCAUACUUUUUUUUUUUUUUUUAAAGAUGAGAGGCAAGCGUGCAGGAUAGUUCAAAAGGAGAUGGGUAGAGAAAUCUGAUUUAGUUCUAGUUCAUUCACUUUUGUAUUAGACCAUAAAAGUUGGAUGCAAAUGAAUGAAUGGGCAGACAUUCGAUACUUGCUGCAGU